AUAUUGCUCUCGCCUUAGUUUUAUUUACUGUUUGCUUUUUAUUUUGAAGGCUUUUAAGUAGAGGAGUAGUAGUUAUGUCUGGCCGUGGUAAACAGGGUGGUAAGGUUCGUUCUAAGGCUAAGACCCGCUCCUCGCGAGCUGGGCUCCAGUUCCCCGUAGGCCGAGUGCACCGCCUGCUCCGCAGGGGUAACUACUCCGAGCGUGUCGGCGCCGGGGCGCCGGUGUACCUGGCGGCGGUGCUGGAGUACCUGACGGCCGAGAUCCUGGAGCUGGCGGGCAACGCGGCCCGCGACAACAAGAAGACGCGCAUCAUUCCGCGCCACCUGCAGCUGGCCAUCCGCAACGACGAGGAGCUUAACAAGUUGCUGGGGCGCGUGACCAUCGCUCAGGGCGGCGUCCUGCCCAACAUCCAGGCGGUACUGCUCCCCAAGAAGACUGAGAGCCACCACAAGGCCAAGGGCAAAUAAAGUGUUUAUUACUUUUGCACGGCAUUUUUGUUUUCCAUUAUCCAAGAAAAAGAAAAAAGUCAACUU